GUCAGUCCUCUCAGAGACCAGGAUGCAGACGCACGCCCUCUUCAACCUCCUCGUCCUCCUGGCUCUGGGGACUCUCUCCGCCGCCCGGGAGAAGAGACAGGCGGAUCCCCGCAACGAUCCGCCUUUCCAGGUACGGUGGAAUGCGGAUCUCAUGGAAUCUCGUUGGGCGCGAGGACCCCGUGGAGGCGCUCCACCACGUGCCCCAACCCAGGUCAACCCACCCCCUGUCCCACCUCCACCCCAAGUCAACCCACUUUUCGUCCCACCCUCUCUCCCACCUCCACCCCAGGUGAACCCACCCUCUGCCCCACCUCAAGUAAACCCAUUUCCACCUGCUCCAGGUGGACGUCCACCUCAACCCGAAAAUACUUGCAACCCUCCUAACAGAUGCGUUCCCGCCCAACAAUGCAAGGAAGGGGUUGUCGCCGCCAAUAGGCAGCCGAACGCACCGCCCAGCGCUAGGGGAUGUCCGGGCCUCACGGAUGUCUGCUGCCGCGAUCCCCCCGCCACCACCCCCAAGCCUUACGUCCCUCAUUGUGGCAAGAGGAAAGACAGCGCCCCACCCACAACGCAGAAACUCACCUCGCCCUCCAACCCUCCAGUCAUCACAGUGCCUCUCGCCUCCGACGACGCAACCUCCGGCUCCGAGUCCCAGUUCGGCGAGUUCCCAUGGAUGACAGCCAUCCUCCACGAGGAGCCGAGCGCGCAAGGACGGCUGCAGUAUGUCUAUCUGUGCGGUGGCUCCCUCAUACACCCACAGGCCGUUCUCACCGCCGCUCAUUGCGUCCACAAUUACCUCUCUGAUUACAAAGGACUGAGGGCCCGGUUUGGAGAAUGGGACACGCAAAACGAAGACGAGCCCUUGCCGCACCAGGAUAGAAAGAUCUCAAAGGUCGUGAUCCACGAGGCCUUCAACCAGCGGGUCAUGUUCAACGACUACGCCGUGCUGAUCCUGGACUCCCCGGUGAAGCAGGACGACCACAUCGACACCGUCUGCCUGCCUGGACCUCGGACGAAUUUCGCCGGGCGUCGGUGCUACGUCACGGGAUGGGGGAAAACUAAGAAGGAGGGGCAUUACCAUGAUGUGCUGAAGAAGAUCGACCUGCCGGUGGUGGAGCAGGCGUGGUGCCAGGAGAGUCUGAGGAAGACGAGGCUCUCCCGGUUCUUCAUCCUCCAUCCCAACUUCCUCUGCGCAGGGGGAGAACUCGGCAAGGAUGCCUGCAAGGGCGACGGAGGCAGUCCACUCGUCUGCCGGGACCCGGCGACGAACCACUACGUCCAGGCCGGGAUCGUGUCGUGGGGGAUCGGGUGCGGGGAGCAGAACAUCCCGGGGGUCUACGCGGAUGUCGCGAAGGCUUCUGCGUGGAUCAACGAGGUCGUCUCCAAGCACUUUGCGUAUCCGAGGCGGUAUUGGAGCGAGGAGGCGCCCGAUCCGGAGAGAUUCUACUGA